GGGGCGGGGAGGCGCAUGCGCGGAAGGCCGGAGGCGGCGGUGGGGGUUUGUUGUGGCCGCCAUUUUCCGCGGGCAUUACUGGGAAAUCCCGGGGCGCCGCCGCCGCCGCCCCCGGCCCCGACCCGGCCCCGGCCCCGGCCCGGCCCCGCCGCCCCCGCCCCGCCCAGCGCCGCCGCCGCCGCCGCAGGUGGCGGCCGCAGCGCAGGAUGCCCGGGGCCGGCCUGGCCGGGCGCUUGGCUCCGCUCUGAGCCCACCAUGUCGGGGCAGCCCGGCCAUGCCCCCCCCUUCGGCAGCCUCCAGCCCAUGGCUGAGGCCCCCCAGGUGCUGCCGGAGCUGCGGGUGCUGCAGCGGGUGCCCCCCCGGUUCCGGGACGCCGGCAGCGCCCCCCUGCGCAAGCUCUCCGUCGACCUCAUCAAGACCUACAAGCACAUCAAUGAGGUGUACUACGCCAAGAAGAAGCGGCGGGCGCAGCAGGGCCCCCCCGAGGCCGCCGGCACCAAGAAGGAGCGGCGCCUCUGCAACGAGGGCUACGACGACGACAACCACGACUACAUCGUGCGCAGCGGCGAGCGCUGGCUGGACCGCUACGAGAUCGACUCCCUCAUCGGCAAGGGCUCCUUCGGCCAGGUGGUGAAGGCCUACGACCACCAGGCGCACGAGUGGGUCGCCAUCAAGAUCAUCAAGAACAAGGCGGCGUUUCUGAACCAGGCGCAGAUCGAGCUGCGGCUGCUGCAGCUCAUGAACCAGCACCACACCGAGAUGAAGUACUACAUCGUACACCUCAAACGCCACUUCAUGUUCCGCAACCACCUCUGCCUGGCCUUCGAGCUCCUCUCCUACAACCUGUACGACCUCCUGCGCAACACCAACUUCCGGGGCGUGUCCCUCAACCUGACGCGCAAGUUCGCCCAGCAGCUCUGCGCCGCCCUCCUCUUCCUCGCCACGCCCGAGCUCAGCAUCAUCCACUGCGACCUCAAGCCCGAGAACAUCCUCCUCUGCAACCCGAAGCGCUCCGCCGUCAAGAUCGUCGACUUCGGCAGCUCCUGCCAGCUGGGGCAGAGGAUCUACCAGUACAUCCAGAGCCGGUUCUACCGCUCGCCCGAGGUGCUGCUGGGGCUGCCCUACGGGCUGGCCAUCGACAUGUGGUCGCUGGGCUGCAUCCUCGUCGAGAUGCACACGGGCGAGCCCCUCUUCAGCGGCGCCAACGAGGCCGACCAGAUGAGCCGCAUCGUGGAGGUACUGGGGCUGCCGCCCCCCCACAUGCUGGAGCAGGCGCCCAAGGCCCGCAAGUACUUCGAGAAGCUGCCAGAAGGGGGGUGGGCGCUCAAGAGGAACAAGGAGAGCAAGAAGGUGAGCCCCCAGUAUGGACCAGUAUGGACCAGUACCCCUCUAGGUCCUCCCAGUACGGCCCAGGAGACCUUCAGAGCCUCCCAGGAUCCACCCAGUUGCUCCCCGUGCCUCCCAGCAUGUCCUGUGGCUCCAGAUUGUAUCUCAGUGCCUCCUAGUGUGCUCUCAGUGUCUCCCAUAUGGGCCCAGUAAGCCUUCAGGCUCUCCCAGUAUGGCCCAGUAGACCUUCAGAGUCUCCCAGGAUCCGCCUAGUUGCUCCCCAGUGCCUCCCAGCAUGUCCCAUGGCUCCGGAUUGUAUCCCAGUGCUUCCCAGUAUGGCCCAGUAAGCCUUCAGGAUCUCCCAGGGUGGCCCGGUAGCUCUCAGGCUCUCCCAGUAUGGCCCAGUACCCCUGUAGGUCUUCCCAGUAUGGCCCAGGAG